UGUGAAGCAGGAGGCACUUGGGAUCGUCCGCAGUAUUGAGACUGCUACAGAGGCCGCCACGGAGCCCGCCGGAGCCACCGUUCCUACUGCUGCUGCUGCCGCUGCCCGAGUCGGAACUAUCGGGCCGCAGCCGCCGGCAAUGCCACGAAGGAAGAGGAAUGCAGGCAGUAGUUCAGAUGGAACCGAAGAUUCCGAUUUUUCUACAGAUCUCGAGCACACUGACAGUUCGGAGAGCGAUGGCACUUCGCGACGGUCUGCCAGAGUCACCCGCUCCUCAGCCAGGCUGAGCCAGAGUUCUCAAGAUUCCAGCCCUGUUCGAAAUUUGCAGUCUUUUGGCACUGAGGAACCUGCGUAUUCUACCAGGAGAGUGACCCGUAGUCAGCAACAGCCCACUCCAGUGACUCCAAAAAAAUAUCCCCUUCGGCAGACUCGUUCGUCUGGCUCAGAAACUGAGCAAGUGGUUGAUUUUUCUGAUCGAGAAACUAAAAAUACAGCUGAUCAUGAUGAAUCUCCACCUCGAACUCCAACUGGAAAUGCUCCUUCUUCAGAGUCUGACAUUGACAUCUCCAGCCCCAACGUGUCUCAUGAUGAGAGCAUUGCCAAGGACAUGUCUCUGAAGGACUCAGGCAGUGACCUCUCCCAUCGCCCUAAACGCCGACGCUUCCAUGAAAGCUAUAAUUUCAAUAUGAAGUGUCCUACACCGGGCUGUAACUCUCUAGGACACCUUACAGGGAAACAUGAGAGACAUUUCUCCAUCUCAGGAUGUCCACUGUAUCAUAAUCUCUCAGCUGAUGAGUGCAAGGUGAGAGCACAGAGCCGGGAUAAGCAGAUAGAAGAAAGGAUGCUGUCCCACAGGCAAGAUGACAACAACAGGCAUGCAACCAGGCACCAGGCACCAACAGAGAGACAACUACGAUACAAAGAAAAAGUGGCUGAACUCAGGAAGAAAAGAAAUUCUGGGCUAAGCAAGGAACAGAAAGAGAAAUACAUGGAACACAGGCAGACCUACGGGAACACUCGGGAACCUCUCUUGGAAAACCUGACAAGCGAGUAUGAUUUGGACCUUUUCCGAAGAGCCCAAGCUCGUGCUUCAGAGGAUUUGGAGAAGUUAAGACUUCAAGGUCAAAUCACAGAGGGGAGCAACAUGAUUAAGACAAUUGCUUUUGGCCGCUAUGAGCUUGACACUUGGUACCAUUCUCCCUAUCCUGAAGAAUACGCACGGCUGGGACGCCUCUAUAUGUGUGAAUUCUGUUUAAAAUACAUGAAGAGCCAAACUAUUCUCCGCCGACACAUGGCUAAGUGUGUGUGGAAACACCCACCUGGUGAUGAGAUCUAUCGCAAAGGCUCAAUUUCCGUCUUUGAAGUGGAUGGCAAAAAAAACAAGAUCUACUGCCAAAACCUGUGCCUGUUGGCCAAGCUUUUUCUGGACCAUAAGACUUUAUAUUAUGAUGUGGAGCCUUUCCUGUUCUAUGUUAUGACUGAAGCGGACAACACUGGCUGUCACCUGAUUGGAUAUUUUUCCAAGGAAAAGAAUUCAUUCCUGAACUAUAAUGUAUCCUGUAUCCUUACUAUGCCUCAGUAUAUGAGACAAGGAUAUGGAAAGAUGCUCAUUGAUUUCAGUUAUCUGCUCUCCAAAGUGGAAGAAAAAGUUGGCUCCCCAGAGCGUCCCCUCUCAGAUCUGGGGCUCAUAAGCUACCGCAGUUACUGGAAAGAAGUGCUUCUCCGUUACCUGCAUAAUUUUCAAGGCAAAGAGAUUUCUAUCAAAGAAAUUAGCCAGGAGACAGCUGUGAAUCCUGUGGACAUUGUCAGUACUCUGCAAGCCCUUCAGAUGCUCAAGUAUUGGAAAGGAAAACACCUCGUUUUAAAGAGACAGGACCUCAUCGAUGAGUGGAUAGCCAAAGAGGCCAAAAGGUCCAACUCCAAUAAAACCAUGGACCCAAGCUGUUUGAAAUGGACCCCUCCCAAGGGCACUUAAAGUGACCUGUUGCUCUGAGCCAGCGAACCCCAGCAGUAGGAAUCCAUACCCUAGGGAUCUGUCUGUCAUUUCUGUUGCUCUUGUGAUUGGCAAGUGCAGUAUCCUUUGGGAAGGCCAUCCCCCUCAGGACUGUCCUGGCUCCGACCUUCUUGUACACUGCAGACGCUGGUUCUGAGGAACUAUUGUUUCGGCCUCAGUGAGGUUGCCUGGAGGAGAUCUGCAUUAGACUUGAGUGCAGCUCUCUCAUAGCACUGACCCAAGGAGUUCUGUUAUGGUACUGUACCUGUCCAGUCACUGGUUCUCUCCUCACGUCCUCUAGCCCCAUGAGGUUGUGUUGUGUCUCCUAAACUGUCUGUACUUGUGCUUCUCGCCAUCAGGUCACCAGACCUCUGAAUAUAGUUACCACCACCUGGACCUUUCCGAUGAACUCCUUACACAUGUGUUUUGUGAAGGGGCAGGGAAGAGGUAGCACUUCUAAGAGUGUGUGUG